ACCAGGGCUGCAUUAUUGUUUGUUAGUUUUGCUGUUUGGUUUUUAACAAAUUUCCUGGUUUUCCCUCAAAAACCCUCUCUUAUAUAAAUAAAUCAAGUGCAAAAUGCUGAGUCCAUAACAACACACUUCCUGCGGAACCAAGUUCAUCUGGGCUGCACCUGCGCAGGCGUGUGAAAUGCUCAUCACUUCCUCUGGGCCUUUUCAAUCGUAACUUUCGAACUCUUUCGGGGAUCGGGCGGAAAUGUUGGCUCCCCUGGGCUUCAGCUGUCCGCGAUGCUUGCUCCUGCGACGUGGCGCCGAGCGUUGGGCCUCACUGGCCCGCCAAUUGUCGGGCAGCAGCUCCCAGGAUGAUGCCAGCAGCAAGGAUGCGGCCGCCCAGGAGGCAGCAAGUGGCUGUCCGCCCAAUAGCACAACGACGGGCACUGACACUCCCAAAGCCAAAGAUAAAACCACCAAGGGAAGGAAGCGGCUCAGAAACAUAGAGAUACCUCCCGAGCCCACCACCUGCUGCAUGUCGGGCUGCGCCAACUGCGUUUGGCUGGACUACGCACAGACGCUGGCCAAGCUGCUGGGCGACAACGAUGAGGAGGCGCGAGAGAUUGUGCUGAGCAAGAUCACCGACCCGAACCUGAAGAUGUUCCUCAGCCUGGAGCUGCGCCAGAUGGCUAAGCAGCGGGAGGAGAAGGCGGCGGCGGAGAAAGCAGCGAAGCAGGGAAAGCCAAAGAAAUCCUCGCCCCCGCCGUAGUACAAAUCCCCGCUCACCUAAAUAUCUAGUUAGGACCAAAUUCGUAGUAGCUCAAAUUUACUCUUGUACUUAGUGUGUAAGAACUAAGAAACCUCAAAAUAAACAUGUAAGAGU